UUUAACUCCUCAAAAACAUUCGUUUAAAAAUGUUUGCUUUCAAAGAACCACUACAGAAUCGUCCCAAUAACUACAGACUGAGUGAAAUCGCAUUAAAAUCGGGCUUUAAAUUUCGAAACAUUGAAAAUCGUAAAUUGGAUUGGAAGGCUUUGGGUUGUGUUGAUGUGAACAAAGUUAUUGAAAAUCAGGAUUAUGAAUUUCUCGAGAAAAUCACCCCCAAAAUAAUUGAGGCCCCAAUGCAAUCAAUUUUGGGAACAUCUGCAAUAGAUCCAGCCAUAUGCUCAUUGUUUCGCUUGGCACAAAUGAGCUUACAGUAUAUGAGUUUUUGUCAACAGUUUAUGUCCCAUACAUUAUAUGAUCUGAGAACGGCCUUUAAUCAAAUACAAAGAAAAUAUUCAAAUUUGAAACAAAAUUACAAGUGCCUUGAAGAACAACAUUAUAAAGCCCAAGAACGUAUUCAGUCAUUGCUCAGAGAAAUUAAAUGCCAAAAAACGGGUCCGUCAUCAUUGUAUCCAUGCGAUGAAUGCACAAAGAACUUCCUCACGGUCGACUCAUUAAAAUCACAUCAACAACGCAAACACAGUGUCAUUGCAGAGAAGCACGAAUUAAGUGAUGAUAAUGAAAAAGAGAAUUACCUUACGGAUAAUGAAGAAUUGGCGGAGGAUACAAAGCCAACAAAUGCACAUCAAACGAUACAAGACGAUGUGAUUAGUGCUGAAAAGGAAGUUUCUCAAUUGAAAAAUAGCAACAAUAACAACAAUAGCGAUGGUAACGAGCUGAAUGUGAAUUGCACGGAAUGCUCUCAAAAAAUGAAAGUCAACUCAUCAACCAAAGCAGUACAGUGCGAGGAGAGUAUAUUUUUAAAUGAAAAUAAUGAAGCACCUUUUCAUAGCACUCACGAUGAGCCAAAAGAGAAAAUCGAUCAAAUUCAAGGUGAUGGAGACACAACUGGUAAAAAAUUGGAAAAUGAAUUGAUUCAAAGUGCAUAUGAAACGAUUAGUGAAUUGAAGAGGGAAAUUGUCGAUUUAAAAAAUUCUCUCGGAACCAAACCGUGUACAGAUCAAGCAGCUCAACAAACGACAUCGGAAAAUUUAACAUCCGCUAAAUUGGCAGCACUUACAGAAACCAAUGACAAAAUCGAUGUAAUUGAACAGAAAUUUAAUGCGUUUGAAGUUAUGUACACGGAGAGUCAACAUCAAUUCAUUGAAUCGUUCCGAAAUUUGGAUGAACGACAGAAAGUCUAUAUGGACAACAUACAAGAAACGAUUAAAGAUAUAGUUGAAAAAUCACUGGGAAAACACGAUUCUACUUUAAUAAAUGACGAAAAAAUUAAUGUUGAUAACGAAACCAACAGUCAAAGUAAAAUCGAUGCUGAAAUAGAAGAAACAGACUUAAACAGUGCCAUACCUGAGUCCAACGAUGCAAAUUCGCCAGUACCUUCACCAAAGCCAUCAAAUAUAAUUCAGAAAGCGACAAACAAAGAGUCUCCCCGCAAAUUUCAACAGAGUACGAUUGAUGACUCGGCUAGUUACAGCGAAGAAGAAACAACUCAAUUCAUUUGUCAAGCGGAAAUUCAUGCACCAUCGCAAAAUGAAUCAAAUCUAACCGAUAACGAAGAAGUUUUGAAAAGUGUCAAGAAAAAGAAUAAAACGGCAAAAAAACGAGCUACCAAAGACGUGGCCAUAAAUGAGUUUCAGCAGCGAUUACGUCAGAUUGGUGUGGAAAUUUCCGAAACUGGUCUGGCAACCCCCCGAACUAGUGAAAUCAAUCAAGAUUUGGCUGAAGAAAGAGAAGAAAUAAAAAAGGCACACAAAUCCUUUGAAUCGACUCGGAAAAAGCUAAGAAGUGAUAUUGAAAAAAUUGCCAAAGUAAGACUUGCAUCAGCUAGCAGCUUGACGAGCUUAUCUUCUUAUCGAUCUGAUGAUGAACAUAAUUUUAAUGAAAGCGACGAAACAAAAGCUCAAAUGCGGAAAACCAGACCCAAAUCAGCGAGUGUACAACAAACGCGUAAACGAAAUGCCAAAAAAUUAAUGAAUAAAUUUGUGGAAAAUGAUAUCGAUGAAAAUGAUAUAAUUGAUAAGAUGCAAAUGGCUCAAAAGGCUAUCAAUUCACAUCGCGAAUGCAUACAACAACUUCUUCAGACAACCGCCCAUUCACCAAAUUCCCUUACAAAACUGAAAUAUGUAUCAUCGACUGCGCCAAAAAAUGACGGAAAACAUGAAAAGGUCGGGGAAAAUAAUGAAUCGGCCAUUAAUCAAUACAAUCAAAUGCCAAAUGUAACAACGAGACGAGUCGUUUUUGUUAAUCUAGAUGAAGACAGUUAAUUUUAAGGGAAAUAAAAUUAUAAUUGUGUGUGUGUA